UAGGCUCCGGCCUGGUGCGCACUCGGAACCCGACCGCUGCGAGUGCGGCGCGGGCCGGGCGAGUUUUCCAGAAGGACGCCGGGUCCCUGCUCGCUGCGGCCCGGCGUGAGGUAGAGUCUGGGAGCUGCUGCUCUUCCGGUUCGGUGUCUUAACAGACUGACCUUGCAGACAUGUCGGGGUUCAGCCCGGAACUCAUCGACUACCUGGAAGGGAAAAUCUCCUUUGAGGAGUUCGAAAGGCGGAGAGAAGAGAGAAAAACCCGCGAGAAGAAAAGUCUUCAGGAAAAAGGAAAGUUAUCAGCUGAAGAAAGUCAAGAUGACUCUGAAGUUCCAUCAUCAUCAGGAAUUGACUCUACCAAAUCCCAAGACAAAGAUGUCAAUGAAGGAGAAACAUCAGAUGGAGUGAGUAAGUCAGUUCACAAGGUCUUUGCUUCCAUGCUUGGAGAGAAUGAAGAUGAUGAGGAGGAAGAGGAAGAAGAGGAGGAAGAGGAAGAAACACCUGAGCAACCCACUGCAGGCGAUGUAUUUGUAUUGGAGAUGGUUCUCAAUCGUGAAACCAAGAAAAUGAUGAAGGAGAAAAGGCCUCGGAGUAAACUUCCAAGAGCUCUGAGAGGUCUCAUGGGUGAAGCCAACAUUCGCUUUGCUCGAGGAGAACGUGAAGAGGCAAUAUUGAUGUGCAUGGAAAUCAUAAGACAAGCUCCUUUGGCUUAUGAGCCAUUCUCUACUCUUGCCAUGAUAUAUGAGGACCAAGGUGACAUGGAGAAAUCAUUGCAGUUUGAGUUGAUUGCUGCACAUUUAAAUCCCAGUGACACAGAAGAAUGGGUUAGACUGGCAGAAAUGUCUCUGGAACAAGACAAUAUUAAGCAGGCUAUUUUUUGCUAUACAAAAGCUCUUAAAUAUGAACCUACUAAUGUCCGUUACCUGUGGGAACGAUCAAGUCUUUAUGAACAGAUGGGUGAUCAUAAAAUGGCCAUGGAUGGUUAUAGGCGUAUUUUAAACCUUUUGUCUCCAUCUGAUGGAGAACGUUUUAUGCAAUUGGCCAGAGAUAUGGCAAAGAGUUACUAUGAAGCCAAUGAUGUUACUUCAGCUAUUAACAUAAUUGAUGAAGCUUUCUCAAAACACCAGAGCCUGGUCUCCAUGGAGGAUGUUAACAUAGCAGCUGAACUGUGUAUUUCUAACAAGCAGUAUGACAAAGCUUUGGAGGUAAUUACAGAUUUUUCUGGAAUUGUGCUGGAAAAGAAAACUUCAAAAGAAGGCACCUCAGAAGAGAAUAAAGCUCAUGAGAAUGUUACCUGCACUAUACCUGAUGGUGUGCCAAUAGAUAUCACGGUCAAGUUGAUGGUCUGCCUUGUACAUCUCAACAUCCUUGAACCACUUAAUCCUCUCUUGACAACACUAGUGGAACAGAAUCCUGAAGACAUGGGAGACCUGUAUCUGGAUGUUGCUGAAGCUUUUCUGGAUGUUGGCGAAUACAAUUCUGCACUUCCCCUCCUCAGUGCACUCGUUUGCUCUGAAAGAUAUAAUCUUGCAGUAGUUUGGCUUCGGCACGCAGAAUGUUUAAAGGCCUUAGGCUACAUGGAACGGGCUGCUGAAAGCUACGGCAAAGUGGUUGAUCUGGCCCCUCUUCAUUUGGAUGCAAGAAUUUCACUUUCCACCCUUCAGCAGCAGCUGGGCCGUCCUGAGAAAGCUCUGGAAGCUCUGGAACCAAUGUAUGAUCCAGAUACUUUAGCACAGGAUGCAAACGCUGCACAGCAGGAACUGAAGUUAUUGCUUCAUCGUUCUACUCUAUUAUUUUCACAAGGCAAAAUGUAUGGCUAUGUGGAUACCUUACUUACCAUGUUAGCUAUGCUUUUAAAGGUAGCAAUGAAUAGAGCCCAAGUCUGUUUGAUAUCCAGUUCCAAAUCUGGAGAGAGGCAUCUCUAUCUAAUUAAAGUAUCAAGAGACAAAAUAUCAGACAACAAUGACCAAGAGACAGCAAAUUGUGAUGCAAAAGCAAUAUUUGCUGUCCUCACAAGUGUCUUGACAAAAGAUGACUGGUGGAACCUUCUCUUGAAGGCCAUAUACUCCUUAUGUGACCUAUCCCGAUUUCAAGAGGCUGAAUUACUUGUAGAUUCUUCAUUGGAAUAUUACUCAUUUUAUGAUGACAGGCAAAAGCGCAAAGAACUAGAAUACUUUGGUCUGUCUGCUGCAAUUCUGGACAAAAAUUUCAGAAAGGCAUACAACUAUAUCAGGAUAAUGGUAAUGGAAAAUGUCAAUAAACCCCAGCUCUGGAACAUUUUCAAUCAAGUUACCAUGCACUCCCAAGAUGUGCGCCAUCAUCGCUUCUGUCUCCGAUUAAUGCUGAAAAACCCAGAUAAUCAUGCACUGUGUGUCUUAAAUGGACACAAUGCAUUUGUGUCUGGUAGUUUUAAGCAUGCACUUGGCCAGUACGUGCAAGCCUUUCGUACCCACCCCCAUGAACCUCUCUAUAGCCUCUGUAUAGGCCUAACCUUUAUUCAUAUGGCAUCUCAGAAGUAUGUGUUAAGGAGACAUGCUCUUAUUGUACAGGGCUUUUCCUUUCUUAAUCGAUACCUUAGUCUGCGUGGGCCUUGCCAGGAAUCAUUCUACAAUUUGGGUCGUGGCCUUCAUCAAUUGGGGCUAAUUCAUCUUGCAAUCCACUAUUACCAGAAGGCCCUAGAGCUCCCUCCACUUGUGGUAGAGGGUAUAGAAGUUGACCAGUUAGACUUACGAAGAGAUAUUGCCUACAACUUGUCUCUCAUUUAUCAGAGCAGCGGUAAUACAGGAAUGGCUCAAAAGCUUUUGUAUACCUAUUGUUCUAUAUAAAGCACCUCAACUGAGAAAGCCUGGCAGCUGCUGUGUGAGACCAAUAUCUUCUGUCUCAGGGCUUAUCAUUCUUAACUCCAGAAUAGAAGUGAUGAUUUCAGAAUUAUCUAACAGUAUAUUCAUUUUUAAUAUAUAAUAAUGAUCUUUGAUAUAGAUGCAAAAUUAUCAUUCCUACACAAAUUGGUAUAUUUGUUCUGUCAUUUUCCUUUACCAUUCUAUAGUAAAAUUGUCCCCAGUCUUAUUAGCCUUUGAGCCAGCUUGGAGUUAAAUACACUAUAAAGCAGUUUUUCAAAUACAUCAAAAAAGAGGUUGCUUAUUAAAGACAGAUUGGUACUCUUUAGGAUGUCAAGACCAUUACUUAGCAGCUAACAAAAUUAUUUAAAAUGGUUACAUGGUAGAAAGAUAAAUAAAUAAUCUUUUACUUUUCAGCUGCAUGUAUCUUAGCUACAGACUGUGAAACCUGGGAGGCGAGGCUAAUUCAAAAUAUACUACUACAAGGCAAAUUAAAAAAUGCAUGAUCUGUAUUUGUGGCUUCCUGACCCAAAAAAAAAAAGGAUCAUGUUUAAUGAAAUGACAUGGUUUCCAUUUCAAGAUCAUUAGGAAAGUAAUAAAGUUAAAAACCUUUCAUUCUUCUCAAAUAGUAUAUAUUCUUGAAUCUAAGAUAACAAUACUUUUUAGAUAUACUACUAGUUUAACAACAGCUUUUCAGGGGAAAGUAAAUGCUCUAAUAAAUGAACAUAAGGAUUGUAAGACCCAGUCCAAUUUUGGGAGAGAAACAAGUAGGCAUAAGAUCAAAGAACUACAAUCGGAGCUUUUUAGCAGUUCUUACUACUGUUUAUACUGUAUAACUUUCUAGUUGAGAAACAGAAUUUGUAUGUAAUAAGUAAAUAUACUGAGAACUCUGUGUGUACAUAAUUUAAAUAAAUUUUAUUUUUAUAA